AAACUAUAGCAUAAAGUAAAAAUGGGGAUCGAUCAUCUUGUUAAAUUAGCAAAACGCAGCAUAAUUCAACAAUCGAAGCAUCGUUUAAUCUUCAAUAAUUCAAUUUCUGAGUCCAAUUUUGUUUCUCAUUAUCAACAAUGCAGAGUUUACUCUGCUCGAUCUAUGAACACUUCAGCUACUAAAAUCUCUAAAACCCAUUUCUUUUCGUUUCCGUUUUCUAUUCGGAACUCAACUCCAUCUUCAGCUUCUGCGAAAACACGUAUUGGAUUCUUGGCGUGGUAUUUGGGAGCUCUUGAGUCUCGUCCGAUUAUCACGAAAUCUAUUUCUUCUGCUGUUAUAUUUGCUGCUGCUGAUGUUACUUCUCAGAUGAUUACGAUGACACCUUCAGAUUCUCUAGAUAUAAUAAGGACUCUGCGAAUGGCUGGUUAUGCAUUGAUCAUCUUAGGAACAGCACAACAUCAGUGGUUUAACUUUAUGGGGAGAGUAUUACCAAAGAGAGAUGUUGUUUCUACCUUGAAGAAAUUGUUGCUAGGGAAUUUCGUUUAUGGGCCCGUCAUUAAUUCUGCUUUCUUCUCUUUCAAUGCAGCUCUACAAGGUGAAAAUGGAGAGGAAAUCGCUGCAAGAUUGAAACGAGACCUGAUCCCGACAAUGACUAAUGGACUUAUGUACUGGCCAUUGUGUGAUUUCUUGACAUAUAAAGUAGUCCCUGUCCAUUUGCAGCCAUUGGUUAAUAGUUCAUUUUCAUAUGCGUGGACAAUAUAUUUGACGUACGUUGCAAAUUUGAAGAAAGUUUCUGAUUAAUUUCCACGCCGCGCUAUGGAUGUAUCAAUAUUCUCUCUAAAGAUUGAACCAAAAGAAAGUUAAAUCAGUCAAUUGAGUGAUCAACAAUGUC